GACAACUUCCGGUGUAUAGCAGAUCUGUUGCUAGCGUUAGCUCAGUGGAAGCUUGCGCGUGCAGUUUUCUAGUUUUUAAAGUAAAAUGGCUUCCAUCCAAAACUAUAGGGAGUUUAUCAGGCGGCGGCUGGCCGCAGCCGGGCAGGACAUCUCGGCUGAGUGUGAAAACAGGAUCGUCCAGUGUGAAGAGCAGAUCCGUCUGCAGAACAAAAUGAUGGACGUCGUCAUGGAGCGCGAGAAGAAGCUGCGCCAAGUCGAACGAAACAUUAAAGAGGAGGACGAGGAAGAAGAUGAGCACCUUUCUGACCAGGAGAGGAAGUCCAGUGUGGAUGAGCAUAACCCACAGCUGUCAAAGGUUAAGGAGGAGGUGGAGGAGGAGCUCUGCACCCUUCAGGGUGGAGAGCAGCUUAAGGAGGAGGACACCUGGACAGAGACACUGGUUUCCAACAAUAGUGACACAGGUGGACCAUCUGUAGAUCCUGAUACCAAAGCCUCCAAAAAGAAAACCCAGAAGAAGAACCACAGUGAGCAGAGCUCUUGUAAAAUUUGUGGCAAAUGUCUCUGUAAGUCGGCCUUAUUGAAGCACAUGAGAACCCACACCACCGUGAAACCGUUCACCUGCAAGACGUGCGGGAAAACGUUUGGACAGAGCGAUAAGCUUCUGCUCCACAAGAGGACGCACACCGGGGAGAAACCGUAUCUCUGUAACAUCUGCGGGAAAGCCGUUUCCGACCCGUCGAGCUUUAGGAGACAUCUGUUGAGCCACUCAGACGAGAAACGUCUUUCUUGUAAAAUAUGCGGUCAGCGUUACAAAUGCAGAGACACGCUGCAGCGCCACAUCAAAGCCCACACCGGUGUGCGACCGCACACCUGUAACCUGUGUGGGAACAAGUUUUUUAGCCCGUCGCAUUUCAAACGGCAUAUGAGAACGCACACCAACGAGAAGCCUCACACCUGCGACACGUGCGGGAAAAGCUACAUCCGCCUCUACAGUCUGAAGAGCCACCUGAGGGUACACACAGGUGAGCGGCCGUACACCUGCGCAACAUGUGACAAAAAGUACAGGUGCAGCGAGUCCUUGAGGUGUCACAUGAAGAGCCACACGGGCGAGACGUCGAAGGCCUGAAACAUCCGGCCGAAAAGACACGAAACACUUUUACUCUGCAGGAAGAAUUGUUUUAGCUGGAAUUAAUUCUGGUUUGUAUCUGCAACGUCAUUCGCAUCACGUGUGGUACACGAGGU